AUGGACAAUGCUGUCACUGCGGCCUUCGACCUGUAUGCAAAGUUCAGUGCUCGUCCUGAGUGGUGUCACGACCUAUGGAAAGCCGUUCUGUCGCAAAUACAGCGCAUACAAUCGGCUCAGUUCAUUUGCAACGUCGCCAAUCGCUUGACAGAGUCCGCCGAUCUUCCCAUGGAGGCACAGUUUUCAAAAUGGCUUGAUCUUGGAGGAAGAAAUGAGAUGAUUCAAUCACCAUGCAAUUAUUUCCGGUCUCUCGCUUCACGCCGUCUCGUGAUGAUCUGCAAAGUUUUUCGCGAUUGUUUCUCUGGUGGCUCACCUUUACCAACGGAGGAUUCGUCUUUGGAAGGCAAAGUAGGUUCAGAGCGUGUAAACCCCGCCAAUCACACGUUUUUGGCGAUAAUGAGUCGUAUCACCGCGUGGAACUUCUCCCAUGCGAAGGUGGAGCUUCAGCUUACCCCGAAGCAAAUAUCGGUUUCGCCCUCUCACGAUGAGACGAGACCUAAUGCGGAAGUUGAGUUGGAGGCUUUCACGACCAGUUUUCUUGAACGCCAACUGGAUGUCCAAGAGGCGGACUUGGUGGCCGACAUCCUCCGCGGGAUCAAUGGGAAAUUCUUGAAAGGAGGGCUGAAGCGAUUAACCCAAUUCCUAAACGAUUUCGUAUCACCCCCAUCUGUUUCUAUUAGCAGUCAAGCAGGGGAGGUUCUGCGACUGCUUGCCAAUGUGCUCAGGCCACUACACUACAACCCCGGCUCCGUGCCGACACUGGACCCAUCUAAAGCGCUAAAGUUGAUUCGACCGCAAAGGUCGAAUCAAGAGGGAGGAAGAUCAUUACUAGUCCCGACGAAUGAUCUGUUACAGCUCGUCCUGUUGCUGGUACGGAUGCUCCAAUUCGAGAUUGUGUUCAGGAGCGUAAAAACGCCGAUCGCCAGAGAAAUAGCGGAUAAGCGCUUUGCAAUGCGAAGCGUUCCACGAAACAAUGAGACUUACCCCUUCUUCUUCAAUCCCUUUCCUCGCUAUCCUCGACACAGCUUCCCAACUGAACCCACUGAUUGGUAUACAGCUAACCUUUUCCACGCUCGGGCGGCGUUCAGUUCGAAUCCUACUCGGCUCAUCUUAGGUGAUCCCGUCCAGGCUCGACCAUGGGAAUGGGUAGAAUUUACCGGAGCACCGCCAACUGCUCAAACAUCAAGCAGGAGGAUUAAUGAGGAUGUCGAUAUUAAGGAUCUGAACAUGAGCGCGUUAUCACUGGAGCAUUUCGUAGUUAGGGUCACAGGGGAGAAGAUACAGGGUAGUAAUAGCAAAGAAGACGAGAACAUGCAGGACCUGAUGGAACGGAGGCGAAGCGAGGAUCACUUCUACUCGGAGAGCGUCUAUGAACGGGAUUGGAAGGAGGAGGGAUCUGCUCAAAUCGGCAUUAACCACUGA